GGCUGUAGCGAAGUGGCCUGUGUUUGAGGCCGGUGUGAGAACGCUCACUGUACCCCUAACCCUCGUCCCCAAGGACCUCGGUUUGUGCGUGCGUAUGUGCGGGGUUCCCGGUGGGGCGGGUGCCCAGUAAGUGCUCGGAGUCGCAGGGAAAGCGCCCACGGGGACGUGAUUAGUUAUUUUUUUCCUGUAUGAAGCGGUUGGCACCACUGAAGUGACCGAAUGAGAGACUCUACAGGGGCAGGUAAUUCACUGGUCCACAAGAGGUCUCCUUUACGUCGAAACCAAAAGACCCCAACAUCCUUGACCAAGCUGUCUUUACAGGAUGGACAUAAAGCCAAAAAGCCAGCAUGUAAAUUUGAAGAGGGUCAGGAUGUCCUAGCUAGAUGGUCAGAUGGCUUGUUUUAUCUUGGAACUAUCAAAAAGAUAAACAUAUUGAAACAGAGCUGCUUCAUCAUAUUUGAAGACAGUUCUAAAUCCUGGGUUCUCUGGAAGGACAUUCAAACAGGAGCCACUGGAAGUGGGGAAAUGGUCUGUACAAUAUGUCAAGAAGAGUAUUCAGAAGCUCCUAAUGAAAUGGUUAUAUGUGAUAAGUGUGGCCAAGGGUAUCAUCAAUUGUGUCAUACACCUCACAUUGAUUCCAGUGUGAUUGAUUCAGAUGAAAAAUGGCUCUGUCGACAGUGUGUUUUUGCAACAACAACAAAGAGGGGUGGUGCACUUAAGAAAGGACCAAAUGCCAAAGCAUUGCAAGUCAUGAAGCAGACAUUACCCUAUAGCGUGGCAGACCUUGAAUGGGACGCAGGUCAUAAAACCAAUGUUCAGCAGUGUUACUGCUAUUGUGGAGGCCCUGGAGACUGGUAUUUAAAGAUGCUACAGUGCUGCAAAUGUAAGCAGUGGUUUCAUGAAGCUUGUGUGCAAUGCCUUCAAAAGCCAAUGCUAUUUGGAGAUAGAUUUUAUACAUUUAUUUGCUCUGUCUGCAGUUCUGGACCAGAAUACCUCAAACGUCUACCAUUACAGUGGGUAGAUAUAGCACACCUUUGCCUUUACAACCUAAGUGUUAUUCACAAGAAGAAAUAUUUUGAUUCUGAACUUGAGCUAAUGACAUAUAUUAAUGAAAACUGGGAUAGAUUGCACCCUGGAGAGCUGGCAGACACACCAAAAUCUGAAAGAUAUGAGCAUGUUCUGGAGGCAUUAAAUGAUUACAAGACCAUGUUUAUGUCUGGGAAAGAAAUAAAGAAGAAGAAGCAUUUGUUUGGGUUGCGAAUUCGUGUUCCUCCUGUGCCACCAAAUGUGGCUUUCAAAGCAGAGAAAGAACCUGAAGGAACAUCCCAUGAAUUUAAAAUUAAAGGCAGAAAGGCAUCCAAACCUAUAUCUGAUCCAAGAGAAAUAAGCAAUGGAAUAGAAAAAAAAGGAAAGAAAAAAUCUGUAGGUCGUCCUCCUGGCCCAUAUACGAGAAAAAUGAUACAAAAAACUGCUGAGCCACCUUUGGAUAAGGAAUCAGUUUCUGAGAAUCCUGCCUUGGACUUACCUUGUUCUAUAGGGAUAACUGAGGGAACUGCACAUUCAUCCAAUACCUCAGAUAUGGAUUUCACGGGUGCUUCCGGUACAAAAGAAACUACCUCGUCUAGUAUUUCCAGGCAUUAUGGCUUAUCUGACUCCAGAAAAAGAACUCGCACAGGUAGAUCUUGGCCUGCUGCAAUACCACAUUUGCGUAGAAGAAGAGGUCGUCUUCCGAGAAGAGCACUCCAAACUCAGAACUCAGAAAUUGUAAAAGAUGAUGAAGGCCAAGAAGAUUAUCAAUUUGAAGAACUCAACACAGAGAUCCUGAACAACUUAGCAGAUCAAGAGUUACAACUCAAUCAUCUAAAAAACUCCAUUACUAGUUAUUUUGGUGCUGCAGGUAGAAUAGCAUGUGGCGAAAAGUACCGAGUUUUGGCUCGUCGGGUGACACUUGAUGGAAAGGUGCAGUAUCUUGUGGAAUGGGAAGGAGCAACUGCAUCCUGACUGUAGGACUGAAUAUUAUGUUCACUGCACUCAUUAUCUGUAGGUACAGUUCAAAGCACUAAAGGAGUCUGGCUUUUGCUAUCUUUCUUAAAAAACAACAUCAUCAAAAACAAAAUAGUCACAGAUGAUACUAGCCUUAACAUGUACUUGUCAAUGUUAUGGAUAUUGUCAAAAAAAAGAUAUCUUUUAAAAAUCAGAACAGAGACUUAAUUUUUUAAAUCAUAAGAUUUGUAGAAUGUUUCUAGGGUAGGAUAUUAAAAAAUGAUUCAAAUCCAUGCAUGGUGUUAGAUAAUUUUUCUAAUUAUUCCAUUGAGUCAGUUUUUGUGCUUAGUGGUUAUCAGAGCAAACAGAUCGUGUAGAUAGCACAAGUCUUUGGAGAAACAUUGUCUGUUUUGUUAUACCAAAAUGUUGGGGAAAAAUUUAUUUCAGUAACCUUUUAGAUUUCAUAAAGUGCAGUGUAUAUAAUGCCUACCGAAAGACUGUAAAAUAUUGAAAUUUUCUUUCAAGCAAAGUGUAAAAAAUAUAUUGAGCCUGUAAAUUGCUCUGUGACUAGACUUCAUUGUCGUCUUAAUAUAUUCUUUGCAUGUGCAUAUAUAUACACAUUUGUGUAUAUAUAUGUGUGUGAUUAUGUGACCUAUGCAAUACAAAUUAUGGGAAUGGGCAGCUUUGGAGUAUAUAUCCCAUAAUUCUUUUUUCAGGAAUAGUUGCAGUAUUUACACAGCAGCAUUUCUUCUCAGGCUUUUAUUGGGUGCUGUUGCUUGCUAUGUAUGAAGAGAAAUGUGUCAAACAAGUUUAGUGUGUACUGAAGAAGGGUGUGAACAACAGUGUUCAUGGGCUUUUAGAAUGCUUUUCACUCUCAGUCCUUGUAACUCAGCUGUUCAAUAUCUAAAGCAAAUACAAAUAAUAUCAACAUUAUUUCCUACCAGAAGUAACAUUUUCAAGUUUUCAUGGCACAUUUGAUUGUAAAUGUCUCUCACUUUUAACAGUAAGUCUGUGGGAAUCGGGUGAAGAUUCCUGAAGUGUCUGUAGUAACUGUUAGUCAUGUUUGAAUAAGUGUAGUGUGAACAAAGUAUUUUAUUGCACAGGGUUAACAAACAGUAUGUUGCCAGCUGAGGCUUCUGCUGUUUUAUUACAACAUUACCUCUUGUUUUUAUAAAAUGUACCAAGAUUUAAAUUGAUAACUUUAUUUUACAUGUUUAAAAAAAAAACAGUUUCUUUUAUCACCAGUGUUAGAGUUGUCUUCUGUUUCUUUUUGUUUUGUUCUGUUUUGUUUCUUAGCCAAAGAGUAAACAGAAGAAUAUUCUUAUUUUGGUGGCUAUACAUUUUACUUUUAAAAAUGAUUCGUGGAUUUUAGACAAAGAAUUGGAGAAUUUGCUGCCAAAAUGGAAAAUAUGUAAAGUGUAGUGAUGACAAAGUGGUGAAAAUGUGGGUUAGUGCUUAUUUAUUCCAUUAAUGAUUAUUUGACUGUUUAUAAAGAAAGUUGCUUUAUUUCUUUAAACAUCUUCAAAAGAUGACUUUUUCUUAUCACAUUAUAGCCAAAAGAAGCAGAAAACUUCACUAUUCUGCAUUUGGUUCCUGGUUUACCAGGUAUAAAUGAGCUUUACAAAAGUGCAAAUCAAAAACUGUCACUUCUGUUUACCUCCACCAAAACUUGAUUUUCCCCUAGCUAUUAAUUUAAAGUUGCCUUUCUUGCAGCUGCAAUAUUUUGAAUAACACAGAGUUUGUGUUGAUUUUUGAAUGUUUGUUUAUAUCUAGGGGUAAUGGAAAAUGUAAAUCCCGUGUACACUCCACCUGUAUCAUAUUAUUUCAUUUUCCCCAAAGUCCUUUAAUUCUAACUGAACACCACCAGCAGUAUUUUUAGUAACUCUUUCUUUACCAUACUUGGAAUAUGAUUUACCAAGCUAAACUGUCUUUAGACGUAAUUGUUGUGAAUGUCUGUUUUAUUUUAUCAUGGUGGUUCACAUGGCUCUGAUGUUCAGUUUGUAUUUUUGGAAUUGCUCUACUUAGAAUUAAAACAGACCAACAUUAAAUGUGUGUAUUUUUUAAAGAGCUAAUGAGUUUUGCUUUUGUAUUUGCUUGAAAAUACACACUAGUGCAGUAGUUGACUGCUUUUAUUUAGCUAGGGAGGUGUAAGGAUUUUCUGAUUCUAUGCUGAUAGGUUUUCUUUGAGUUACUCUUUAUAAAACCUUGCUUCCUUUUCCUCUUACCCCCAUAUAAUAAUUAGUAUUUGCUAAAUGUUUAUCUUAAACGAUCUUUUAAAAAUAAGCUAUAUUUAUUCAGCUUGCACUUUAUAUUUGAAAGACAGUGUCUCUGUCUACUCUUUUUAAACAUUUAGAUUUCCUACUUGUUUCUUUUCUUAUUUAAAUAGAAAGAAUCUGGGUUCACACAAAAGAAUGUCCUUCCCCCCCUUAAAUACUUUGCUCCUAGAUUACAGAAUGAAAAGAUAUAAAAAUAAUAUAUCUUACUAACUUUAAUACCAUUUUUAUUCAAAACAAAUACAUUUUUAUAAAUACUCUGGUAGAUUAACAUAGAUUCUUGGGCCCUUAAAUGACUGAACUGGAGCAGAAUAUGAGUAAUUAGAAUUACUGUGAAUGUCUAAAUCUCCAGUUCUAAUGUAACUGAUAAAGUUAGGUUUUGCUAAGUAUAUUUUGUCAGUAAUUAGUACUCACUGAUGAAAGGUUGAAGGAUGUCCCAUCCCCAAUUUGGGGUUUUUUUUUUUGUUGUUGUUGUUGUUGUUUUUUGCAAUUAUGUUCUGGUAUUCAUUUUUCAUUUUUAUCCUGUAUAUAUUUAGAAGAUUUAUCAGUGUUGAGUAUAGAAUGCUUGUAUUAUGGG